CACUUCCGGCUCGCGUCGCGAUGGCGCGGCCUGGGCCUCCCGGGCCCUCAUAGCCGCCCUGCCAUCCUUCCCUGCUUUCCUCUUAUGGCGGCCCCGCACCCCGACAAGCUGGAGGGGGGAGUAGGCCUCGCUCCGCCUGCUCCGGGUCCGCCGCCUCCGCCGCCUCCACCUCCACCGCCGGGUAGCAUUGCCACAGGCCCAGGCCGCAAGCAGGGCAAGGCCGGCCUUCAAAUGAAGAGUCCUGAGAAGAAACGUCGCAAGUCCAACACGCAGGGCCCCUCCUAUUCCCACCUCUCGGAGUUUGCGCCCCCACCAACCCCGAUGGUCGAUCACCUGGUGGCAUCCAACCCAUUUGAAGAUGACUUUGGCAUCCCCAAGGUUGGAUCUUCCUCUGCGCCUUUCCUUGGCAACCCUGGGCCCUUUGGGAACUUCCGCAUGCAAGGGGCGAUGGGCCCCCAGGUCCCACCCAGCUACAGUGGGGGUCCCCAGCCGAUGCGGAGGCAACCUCCCCCUUUUGGACCUAACCAGAUGGGCCCAGCUUUCAACAUGCCUCCCCAGAACCCUGGUUACGUGCAGCCUGGCGGGAUGGGCUUCAGCGGGCAACCUUUUGGGCAGCCUCUGGGGCAGAACUUCAGCCCUCCCAGCGGGCAGCUCAUGCAAGGACCCAUGGGGGGCUUUGGCCCCAUGAUGUCGCCAACCAUGGGGCAGCCCCCACGUGGGGGGGAAAUGGGCUCAGGGCCAGCCCUCAACCCCCCAGGGGGACCGCCCAUGGCCCAGCGAUUCAGCCAGCCUGCCAACCUGUUUGGACAGUCCCCCCUGCAGCGCCCCAACCCGAACCUCUCCAGCCUGCCCCCCAACCCCAGCCCUUUUCCAGGUCCCGACCCUGGCUUCCCCCCCUCUGCUGAAGACAGUGGGGGUGGGAAGCCCCUCCACCCACCCCCCAACAGCUUCAGCCAGGAGCAGCACACCGGCUCGCCAGCAGCCGUCAACGGCACCCAGCCCACCUUUCCACCCAACAGCACUGGGCACAGCGGCGGCACUGGGACCUCCGAAGCCAAUAGCUUACCUCCCGCUGGCAAGGCAGCUGGCAACUCUGGGCACCAGCCUCCGCCCGGCCUCGUCUACCCCUGCGGGGCUUGUCGCAGUGAAGUCAACGAUGAUCAGGAUGCCAUCCUGUGUGAGGCUUCGUGCCAGAAGUGGUUCCACCGGGAAUGUACGGGCAUGACGGAGAACGCCUACGGUCUGCUGACCACGGAGGCCUCGGCUGUUUGGGCCUGCGACUUCUGCCUCAAGACCAAGGAGAUCCAGUCGGUCUACAUCCGCGAGAGCAUGGGGCAGCUGGUGGCCGCCAACGACGGCUGAGCUUCGGCCUCUCUUGCCGCCCUUGCCCCAUGGCCAGAAGGGAUGGUGUAUCCGGUUUAUACCACUAGACACUCUUGGCUGGGGGGCGCCGAACCCCAUUCCUUGCACCCCUCCAGCCAGCAGGGGAGCCGACUUUCCAAAGAUGGAGGUGGAGAAUGCUGGGUGGCCAGGAGGAGAGAAGUCUGCCUGCCUGUUUUUGAGGACUCCACGACCUCAGGGUUUUCCAAUCCUGACCCUGGACCUGCUUGUCUGGUAUCAGCAAUGGGCACAUCGUUACACUGCAGUGACUGGGCACAGAUGGUCCUCCAGGGGUGCCCCAGCCAGUUUGAUGUCUUUAUUGACCCGUUAAGCAUUGCCGUCCUGCGUUUCUCUGUCCCUCUUCUGCUCCCAGACCACUACUGUGUUUGCAACUGCAAAUUGCCCAGCUUGCCUUGGAGGAUUGGCCAAACAAGAAGGGGGGGGGGUUCCCAGCCCCCCUCCCCCAGUUCUUCUAAUCUUCCUCACUGCCAUGGAGGGUUUCAUUCCAGUUUCAGCUCAACCCGGCAUCCGUUUAGCCACUUGGGAGCUGAGCGGCUAUCGCUGUCUCAUCCGGUUUCUUCCAGUAAUUCACUGAUGCAAUUAAUACCUCUUUUUUGGGGGUGUCUUGCAGGAAAAGACCCCAACCCUACAGAAUGCCACAGAUGAGGGUCUGGGUGCUCCUGAUUUUGCCUUCCAGCUUAAAUUUUGGAAUGAUCAGCUGCAGCCAGCCCAAAGUGAACUAUUUGGUAGCUCAAAGUGACUGCCGUGCGCUUAAAAAAAAGCUGUACGCGUGGGGAAAGGACUGACCGCCUUUUGGUCACAAGAGGGCUUUAAAAAAACUUUGGGGACCUAUUUUUUAUUAUUAUUAUUUUCACCUUCCAGUCAUUUUCCCGACUCUGACUUUUGUUGACGUGUCUGCUUUUAUUUUUGUUCGUUUUUGGUCAAGUGGUUACUGAUGUGACUUCGAUAAUUGUUUCUAUCCUGCAGGACAUUCGAUGGGAAGAGAAUUGGUGGGGCGGGAGGGGGAAGGCAAGGUAUAGCUGGAUUCAUACACAAAACCUCCCUCGUGUUUUAAUGUGCGGACAUUAAAAAGAAAACGAAUUUUCUACCAUCUUCAGCUAAAGUAAAUCAAGAGGCGAGACCUGGGGGGGCAGUGAGAUUUCAGAUUUUGCUUAUAUACCGGUGUGCGUGUGUUUCGUGAAACCCACUCCCCUCCAUCAUUCGGAGCAGAGAAAAUGACAAGGGGAGAGACGUCUGCCAAACGUUUGAGUGAAAUUUCCUAAUCAUGUUUGUGGUUGGGCAGGAUAAGACCCCUUUUCAUUGGAGAGAUUGAAGCAAAAGGCAGGGGUUCGCUCAGGGUGGGCAGAGGGCCUGUUUUCAGCCCAGGGCUGGACCCAGAGAACUUUGAGUGUGCAAACAACAUGACAUUUAGCCAAGUUGGCCAUUUGAGAGGGAGUUUGGUUCAUUUUCCCUAAUGUCUUAGUUUGGAUUAGUGCCUAAUCAGCUGGCUCAGCACCCGUCUUGAAACCAGAAAUCUCCCCAUAGCAGCCUAACUAGGUUACGUAGCAUUAUUCACUCCUCUUGGUAGAUGAGUGCCGCGGGUGGGAGAUAACUUUUGUUCCAGGAGAGUUGUUGCUCCAGAAAAGGGCACAAUGUGCUAGAACCUUUGGAAAGGCAUGGCGUGUUCCUGCGUUUGUCCUCCCCUGGCGCCCGGCGAGAAAUUUAUGCCUUUCAUCCUGUACUUCCUUGGAGAACGCGCCACGCACCACAACCAAGCAACCGGGUCUCGGUGCCAGGUCGGCUCUGCUGCCAGGAGAAGGGCCUGGCAGGGGACUGCAGAGCCGAGGCUUUUGUGCUGUUGCGGGGUGAGAAAAACCCAAACGGGGAGUGGAAAUGCCUCGGCCCAGCAGGGAGGGGAGGGAGGAGAUUCACCUCUUGGCAGGGAGGGAAGCCAACGCCUGAACCUGCGCUUGGCUGUGAAUUUUUCUUAAUUCUUAAUUCAGGCUUAAUUCUGAAGCGUCUGA